AUGGGAUUUAAAAAUGUAUUUGUAAAAUUAAAAACCACUAAUCUACUGCGACUACCAUUAAACCAAAUUCAAAAAGAGAUCACUAUUGAUCCAAAUGAAUUUCAAAAUGCGGAUGUCACAUUGAUAUGCUACAAAAUUCAUUUGACCACUAACAAUAAAGAAGUUUUUGCUUAUCUAUUUAAAAAUGUCAAUCCAACUGGUAUUUGGUAUGAUAGAAACAUUCGCGAUGGCGAUCGUUUAAUUACUUUAAAUGGACACGAUGUAACACAUUUAUCAUACGAAAAUAUUUAUUCAUCAAUAAUGGAAAGUAAACUGUCAUUGACAUGUAAAGUAGUUUGGCAUCCAGAGUUAUUCAUUGAUUUGGAAACAUCGAUAAAUGAAGAUGAUUCCAUCAUGUCUCCAACAUCGAAAAUUCAAUCAGAUGCGUUAAAAGAAUUUUCUGAUUCUAAAACUUUAAUGGGUGUUAAUAUCCAUAAACAAUUAACAGACAUACUUCAUUAUCUUUUUAAUUUUCAUCCACAAGAACCAUAUCAAUUAUUUGAACGUCUAGUUGCAAACACAUCAUUUGAAAAGGGCACUGAAUUAACAAUGGAUAAUAUAAAAGAAUCCAAUUUAUUUAUUCAAAGGCAACUGCAGCUACUUUCAAAUCCUUCAACUAUUCAAACUAAUCCCGAAGAAACAAUGACAAAUAUUUUAGAACUAGACUUCCUAUUCGAACAAGUUGGUGUUGGUUUGAAUAAAGAUGAAAUUUAUUGGAUAUGGGUUUUAAUGAAAGCAUUAUUAAACGACAAACCUAAUAUUCAAAAAUUACGCUUUUGGGGCAAGAUUUUCGGUAUAAAAAAUAAUUAUUAUAUUGUCGAAGCUGAUUUUGAUACAUUUGAUGAUGUCGAUCUAACUGAUUCGGAAUUUAUUAAAUAUCAAGACAUGUCUUCAUCUGAAGAAGAGAAAAUACCACCGGAACCAAUUGGUGAUGGUGUUAAUCAAAAAGUCUUUUAUGUUUCUACAGGAAUUGAUCAAACUUUUAUACAAUUACCUAUGGUAACACCACAACAAAUUGAAUUAUCGCGUAGAAUUCAACAAUUUUUCACCGGUGACCUUGACGCACCUAUUCUAUUCGAAUUGCAUUUUCCAGGUGUUGAAAAACAUUUAUUACGCGCUCAAAUUCAACGAAUUACUGCUGGUACUCAGAUAGGACCAAAACAUUAUUUUAAAAUUUCAAUCGAUGACGAAGAAGAGAUCGAUGAAGAAAUAAUAGAUUCACAUCAAAUAAAAUUCGAUAUCAAUACUGAAUUCGAAGGAAAUCGACUUGAAGAUCUUGUUUUACCUCAUGGUCAAUAUUGGGUUCAUUAUGUUGCAUAUAUUUAUGAACAAGGUCGUAAUGUACAUUUUAAUCCUGCAAUACGAACAAUUCCUGCUGAACACAGUCCCAAUUUAUUAUCGCCUGUGAACGAAGAUAGUGCUGUUCACGGUUUAUAUCCUGCAUGGUCUAUUGGGCUGGCUUCUAGGCUUGUUCCUGAACAUAGUUUAGUUUAUGCUCGAUCAAAUCGUUGGCCAGGUGCUUUUACUGUUGGUGACCGCCAUCGUUUUAAAAAUAUUUAUAUUGGAUGGGGUGUAAAAAAUUUUCUUGAAAGUCAUCAAGCAAAUAUGAUUAAUAUAUUACCAGAAAAAGAAUAUGAUUUACAAGUGAUAGAAACGAAUGAUCCAACAAUAGAAGAAGAAGACAAUGAACUAUUUAAAUCAGCUGUACUUUUAUCGCCACAUGAAGAUGAAGAAUUUGAAUAG